AUGAUUGCGAAGAUUCUUCUCCUCACGCUUGUGGGGCUCUGUACGGCGUACCAGUACUCGUACGAGCAUGAGUUCCCCUACUCCCGUCCGUUCAACCGCACCGGCUUCGAGUUCGGAGCCUGGGAACCGAACCGGGAGUACGUGUACAACGUGACGUCGAAGACCAUGACCGCCCUGCCGGACCUCGAGGACUACUGGACCGGCAUUGUGACGCACGGCUACCUCGUGGUUCGUCCUAAGGACCACAACUACGUCGUCGCCUACAUCGACCGUCCGAUGUACGCCGUGUUCAACGAGUAUCUGCCCCGCGGAUACCGUACGGAACUGGCGCGCUUCAACCUCAACUGGCAGCCGAUGCCGUUCAGCUCGAAGCCGUUCGGAAUCUACUACAACAAGGGAGCCGUCAAGGGAUUCUACGUUGAGAAGACCGUCCCCAACCACGAGGUGAACAUGCUGAAGGCCUGGGUCAGCCAGCUGCAGCUGGACACGCAGGGCGCUUACGUGAUCAAGUCCGAGUUCAACCAGUUCCCGGAGAACAACACCCUCACCGGAGUGUUCAAGACCAUGGAACCGUCGGUGACGGGCGAAUGUGAAACCCUGUACGACGUCAAUGCCGUCCCGGAGUACUUCAUCCAGUCGCACAAGGAAUGGGUUCCGCAGCCCGAGUACUUUGAGGAGGACCAGCAUGUGUUCCACGUCGUCAAGACCCGCAACUUCGACCGUUGCGAGCAGCGCAUGGGCUACCACUUUGGCUUCAGCGGGUUCAGCGACUUCAAGCCCAACACCAACCAGAUGGGCAACAUCCUGACCAAGUCCGAGGUGACGCAGAUGUACUUGACCGGAGACUGGCACAACUACACCAUCCAGUCGGUGUCCACCGUGAACAAGGUCGUCGUCAGCCCGUCGCUGGUCAACAGCCAGAAGGCCAUGGUUUACGCCCAGAUGAACCUGACCCUCAACGAGAUCAAGCCGUACGAGAAGGUACCGGAAGGACCCGCCGACGAUCGUCAGGUGUUCGUCGAUCUGGUGUACAGCUACAACAUGGCUCACGACAAGCAGAACUUUGUCCGCCCGGCCAACGAAACCGAUUCCUCUUCGUCUUCGUCGGAGUCUGACUCCUCGGACUCCUCGGACUCCAGCUCCAGCUCGAGCUCCAGCUCGGAAGAGGAGCCCCGCGAGAACUUCAAGAUCAGCCCCGCUGAGCAGUACAGCAAGCGCCUGAACCACGUCGAGGGUCGCGGAAGCCGCAACCGUCGUGAUCUGAAUGCCCAGAAGGAGAAGCAGUACUACGAAGCGUACAAGCGCGACCAGUACCGCCUGCGCAAGGAAAACGACACCAGCUCGUCCUCGGACGAAUCGGACAGCAGCUCUUCCAGCUCCAGCUCCAGCUCCUCGUCUGAGUCCGAUGAGCACGACUUCUACAGCAGCUCCUCUUCCUCUUCCGAGUCGGACUCUCUGAGCGACGAGGACUUCUACCAGCCCAUCCCGGAGAGCCUCAAGGAUGCCCCGCAAACUCCCUUCUUGCCGUACUUCACCGGAUACAAGGGCUACAGCGUCCAGUACGCCCACAACGUCGAUGCCUCCCGCUACGCUUACAAGCUGGCCUACGAGAUUGCCUCGGACCUCCAGGAUAUCUCGCACUUCCCCAAGUCGAACUCGCUGAACAAGUUCACCAUUCUGGCCCGCAUCCUGCGCACCAUGAGCUACCAGGACAUCUACGACGUCUGCCAGCGACUGUUCGUCUCGCAGAAGGAGCGCGCGGAGGGAAGCAACCACAGCGAGACUUUCGCCAAGAAGGUCGAAGCGUGGAACACGUUCCGCGAUGCGCUGGCCCAGGCCGGAACCCCGCCCGCCUUCAAGGUGAUCAAGGACCUGAUCGAGGAGAAGAAACUGCGUGGUGACGAGGCUGCCAGCGUCGUCGCUACUCUGCCCAAGACCAUCCGCUACCCGACCAAGACCGUCAUGCACGAGUACUUCCUGCUGGUCACGUCCAACGCCGUCCAGCACCAGGAGUUCCUGAACGUUACCGCCAUGAUCUCGUUCUGCGACUUCCUGAACCGCGCCCAGGUCAACAACCGCUCUGCCUACAACUACUACCCGGUCCACAGCUUCGGUCGCCUGGCCGACGAUGACUACGAGAUCGUCGCCCACAAGGUCGUUCCGUGGUUCGCGCACCAGCUGCGUGAAGCCGUCAAGUACGGAGAUAGCGUGAGGGUGCAGGUGUACAUCCGUUGUCUUGGACACCUCGGCCACCCCGAAAUCCUGAACGUCUUCGAACCGUACCUGGAAGGCAAGGUGCCAGUGAGCCACUUCCAGCGUUUGGCCUUCAUCGUGGCGUUGGAUCGCCUGGUGGAGAACUACCCGCGCCUGGCCCGCUCGGUCCUGUUCAAGGUGUACCAGAACACCGGAGAUGCCCACGAGGUCCGUUGCGCCGCCGUGUACCUGCUGAUGCGCACCAAGCCCCCAGUGUACAUGCUCCAGCGUAUGGCUGAGCAGACCCACUACGACCCCAGCACCUACGUCCGCGCCGCUGUCAAGACCGCCCUGGAGAGCGCCGCCGAGGCCGACGAGUUCGACGAUGACGAUGAGUUCUACCAGAACGCCCAGGCCGCUGUCAAGCACCUGAACCCGCGUGACUUCAGCCUCCAGUACUCCGGCACGUACCUGCGUGACUUCGCCUUCAAGGAACUGGAGCUGUCCUACCGCAUGUACUUCUCGCAGAUCGCCUCCGACGACCACUUUGUCCCGAGCGGAUUCUUCUUCCAUCUGCGCAAGAACUUUGGCGGUCUGAAGCGUUUCUCGACCUUCUACUACCUCGUCUCGAGCAUGGAAACGUUCUUCGACCUCCUGGACAAGCAGUACGACUCCUACAACAAGCACGAGGAGUACAAGUCGAACGACUACUACUACAACUACUACAAGCAGUACCCGUCGCUGUUCAAGGACUACUUCAGCCAGUACAGCAAGAACCACAAGUACCAGAACGACUACUACGAGCAGUUCGGCAACAAGAACCACGAGGAGUUCCAGAAGUACUCCACGGCGCGCAUCGCCAAGAUGCUGAACAUCGAUCCCGAGGAGGCCGAGGAGCUGGAGGGUCAGUUCAUGUUCCAGAUCUUCAACGGUGAGCGCUUCUUCGCUUUCAACAACCAGACGGUCGAGCAGUUCCCGCGAAUGUUCAAGAAGUACUUCGAGGACUUCGAGGAUGGCUACGCGUACAACUUCACCAAGUUCUACCAGCAGAACGCGGUCACCAUCGCCUUCCCGCUGGCCACUGGCCUGCCGUUCACCUACAGCCUGAAGACCCCGACCCUGUUCAAGUUCGACUUCGAGGCCACCGCCCAGACCUACCCGAGCAUCUUCAAGACCCCCACUGGACACCCGGAACACGAGUUCGACGACUUCAUCCGCAUGCCACGCUGGUUCAACGGAUCCGCGGACGUCAACAUGGCGUACUCUCGCCUGGUCGAUGCCAAGGUUGGCUUCAUCACGCCCUUCGACCACCAGCGCUAUGUCGCCGGAUACCAGAAGAAGAUGCAGGGUUACUUCCCCUUCAGCUUCGACUUUGGAUUCGACUUCGAGAACAACGACUACGAAGUGAACGUGCAGCCGCUGGAACCCAAGGAGGACUUCCUGAUGUUCCACCUGAGCUCGUGGCCGUACACCGGAUACAAGGACAUCACCGACCUGCGCCCGAUGCCCGAGCAGUCGACUGUGCACGUUCUGCACGAUCGUCGCCAGACCACCAAGUCCUUCGACUACACCUUCGGCGAGCGCUUCUUCGGCGUUGCGUUCCGCUUCCAGGCCAAGUACGACAAGGACUUCUUCAACUUCGCCACCUUCAUGAAGCAUUACGAGCAGCAGGACUACUUCUCUGCCCUGGUCUAUCCGUUCGCGUUUGAGACCUACCAUUACCACCAGUUCAACGUGUACUACGAUGCCCAGCGCACCUCCGUCAAGAACGUCAAGUUCCUGCUCCAGCACCGCCAGGCCGAUUACGACCAGGACUUCCAGACCGCCGACGUGAAGCACCCGAAGGGCCGCCAUGGAUUCUCGGGAUACUUCAACGAGUUCAACUACGCGCAACCCUUCGUCUACUACGCCGGCAGCCAGCGCCGCCAGGAGCAGUUCAUGCGCAACGCCGGAGCCGGUAUCCGCAACAGCGACGUCGAUGUCUUCGACUUCGGAAUCGUGUUCGAGGGCAAGCAGCAGAAGGGCGAGUUCGUGUUCACCACCGCCUAUGCCGACAGUCCGGUUGACGAGAAGGAGCGCUUCCUGGCGUUCUUCUCCUACAGCCCGUACUUCUCGUCGAGCGCUUUCUACGAGUUCAUUCCGUUCUCUGGCAAGCAGUUCCAGAUGUGCUUCUCGGCCACCAACGAGUACCCGAACCUGCCCAAGCUGAACUUCCUGAACGUGCUGAACUUUGACAAGCUGGGAAGCAUGAACUGGGAGCUGUCCUACGGCGAGAAGUGCCAGGGAGGAUCCCACGUCUCGAUGAAGGGCCAGCUGUCCCAGACCGACGACUACCGCCACUUCCUGCGCAUCUCCGAUGUCGGCCAGUACUGCAAGGAGCAGAUGGACCGCGGAUACUUCCAGCUGCCGGCGUGCCAGAACGCCACGCGCCAGGCCGGAUACUUCGACCGCUACUCGUUCGACUUCGAGUACAAGGAUGUGUCCGACUACGCCAAGAACUUCACCUACAAGUUCUUCGACUUUGCCCGCUACUUCAGCUUCCCGUACUUCACCGAGGACUACUUCUACCAGAGCAAGCACGACCAGUUCAAGUUCGACUUCCAGCUGGCGCCGUACGGUGAUUACUUCAACGCUUCGUUCUACGGAUUCGACCGCAGCUUCGCCAUCGAGAACUACCCGAUCUACAACGAAUAUGCUCGCUACUUCUUCGCCAUCCACCCUGAGCUGGACUACUACGAGCGCAUGCUGACCUACGCUUACCGCGGAAACUACAACCCGUCCUGCGUUUUGUCCAACAAGUUCGUCAACACGUUCGAUGGCAAGACCUACGAGUACGAGCUCGGAAGCUGCUGGCACGUUGUGCUGCACACGGUCAAGCCCGACUACUACUUCUACGCCGAGGACUCUCACUUCAAGAACUCGGACUACGAGUACAACUGGAAGAACGGCUUCAGCGAGGACGAGCAGUUCACCAUCCUGGCGCGUCACGGCGAAGACAACCAGCUGUACCUGAAGGCUAUCCUCGGACAGUACAAGCAGAACGACUACAACAUCGACAUCAUCCCGAGCGGACAGGACGUGCCGAGCGUCUACAUCAACGGCAAGCCCCAGCAGAUCCACGAGAAGUACGCCAUCGAGAUGUACACCAACGACGAUGGCGGCGAUCAGCCUCUGAUCCGCGUCUACGCUCUCCCUGGUAACGAGCUGGAGAUCAGCUUCCGCGACGACGACGUCAAGAUCGUGUUCGACGGUUACCGCGCCCGCUUCUUCGCCGACCAAUCGUACUUCAACAACUUCGUUGGCCUGUGCGGCACCAACAACGGAGAGGGAGAGGACGACUUCAUCACCCCCGACCAGUGCGUCAUGCGCAAGCCGGAAUACUUUGCCGCCUCGUACGCUCUCGCUGGCAUGAACUGCAGCGGACCGGCCCAGGCCUUCUACACCGAGUACCACCGCAAGGCCCAGGAGCACUGUGUCAAGCCCAAGUACUACUACGGAAACGUGAUCAGCGAGCAGGAAGCUGGCCGCAACCGCUACAACUACUACUACAAGGACUUUGAUCUUUCGGACUCGUCCUC